CAAACGCUCAAUUUUUUUUUAGUCGUUUGUACCCAAAAUAUAAGCUACUUACAAUUUCAAGACUCUUGCUUCAAAAACAGUAUAAAUGUUUUUUUAUCAACAAGUGUGAAGGUUAAUACAAGAGGUGUGAAUUUAAAACGUUCACCUUUGAUAGAAAAUACUAUAGAUUAGAUUAAUUUUUUUGCUAAAGCCAUAAUCAAAGCUGGUACCACCUUAUCAUUAGCAGCGAUUAAUCUAUUUAAAUUAUUGGCACACAUGACACAUUGAAUAUUAAGGAACGACAUUACUUAUUGUGUCACAGCUUUUAAAGUAUUACUAUAUAGUAUUGUAGAAAUCGUAGCCAGGUUCUUGCUAGUUGAACAUCUACCUACGCGGCUACACCCUACCAAAACGUUUAAGAAAUACAGAUUUCAACCAGUGGUCUACUUUAUUUCAUCACUAGUUAAAUCUCGAUUUCACAAUUUUCAACACUCUAAUUGACAAAGGUUUUUUUUUCCAAAGCAAAGCUUGAUUAAAAUUAAAGGAUAUGCAAGUUUUUUUUUUUUGGUAAAAGGAUAUGCAAGUUUGUGCUUAUAUUGACAAAGGUUUUUUUUUCAAAGCAAAGCUAGUGCUUAUUAUUAUCUUACAGUGAUUAUUAAUUAAACAAAAUGUGGUUGGAAACAUAGUGUCUCAAACUAGAAACAUUUAAUAAAAAUGAUGAUGAAAAUAGUUUGGCAAACUAAAAAAAAAAUCAACAAAAAAAAAGUCAAAGAGCUCCAUGUGAAAUCAGUAAAGCAACAUUUCUGGGGUUUCUUCUUCUCUCUACAAAAGUCUAUAAAUAUGUACAAGCUGAACUUAACUUUAAUAACCCACAAAGCUAGAUCUUAAAAAUAAAAUAAAAUCUUUUCUUUUCAUAGCCAAUAUCUCAAAUCACAUUUUUAUUCAUCUUUAUUGAACCUGAAAAUCCACCAUCACCAUUAUCAUAUUCUUUGAUAUUUUUCUCUUCGCUGAAAUAAAAAAUUUCUUUUACGUUAAGACUCCAAGAAUCCGGGACGGUUUCUGUUGCGAUAACCUUUUGUGUGUUUACAGUUUGAAAAAUGGAAGAAAAUAAUGAUGUUUUUCAGACCAAGUUCAGUCCCAAAAUCUCAGAAAUAAGAGCUUCUUUGUCGCAGAUCAUAUUAGCAGGAGGACCAAACACGCUCGACUCAAUCUUCUCUCUUCUCACUCCCUCCUCCCGAGAGUCCUCCACAACAUCCCUAGACACUCUCAAUCCUCCACCGCAACAGCUCGGCUCCUCCGUCUAUCUCCAGCAACGAGAUCUUAUCGAGAGACUCCACCUCCAAAACAGAGCGGUCUCCACUCCUCCUCCUCUGUUUUCCUCAUCCGCAGCUUUCGCCGCUUCGUUGGCGGCUGGGACGGCCAAAAGGAAGAAGCUAUACAGAGGAGUGAGGCAGAGACACUGGGGAAAAUGGGUCGCCGAGAUAAGACUGCCGCAGAAUAGAAUGAGGGUUUGGUUAGGUACUUACGAGACGGCGGAAGCCGCCGCCUACGCUUACGAUCGCGCCGCCUAUAAGCUCCGCGGAGAAUACGCUCGUCUCAACUUCCCAAAUCUCAAGGACCCGAGCGAGCUGCUCGGACUCGGUGAUUCCUCUAAGCUAAUAGCUCUCAAAAGCGCCGUCGACGGGAAGAUCCAAACGAUUUGCCAGAGAGUCAGAAGAGAGAGAGCCAAGAAGAGCGGAAAAGGAAGCAAAGAUUCUUCCACCGCGACGGCGGACUCUUCGUAUUCAUCCUCGUCGGAGAUUCUUUCUUCUCCGGCGGAAGCGGUGACUGCCACUGUGGUUAGUUCAGAGGAUAGUUACCGGAGUUCGCAGAUGGGUCUGUGGAAUAGCGAGAAGAGCUAUCCGGCGACGACAACAUCGACGGCGGAGGAGGAAGACACGAUGAUGGGAGUGGAUACUGAUGGGUUUUUGCUUGCGAGGAUGCCGUCAUUCGAUCCUGAGCUUAUUUGGGAAGUUCUCGCCAAUUAAAACACACAAACUGAAUUUUGAUCACAUCAAUCAUAUGGAGAGUAAAAGAAAACUUGGGAAUCAAGAAAUGAUGAGAAGAUUAGGGGUUUAGGUGUGAAUUAGGGUUUAAAAUAAACCGGAUCUUUUGUUAAAAUCGCUCGAAAGUCGUUAAAUAAUGGAAUAUUAAAACUUAAGCCUCGUAGUUUUUGAGAGAGGUUGUGAAAGCUCCUUUUUUGAAUAUAUAUUGUUAUCAUCCAAGGACUUUCUGAUUGUACUGUGAACCACUAUUAAUACGUUACAGUUUUAUUUGAGCAA